GCAAGGCUGAACACUACAAAUAAGAAGUUUUGCAGCAAAAGAGGACCAUAUAUGAAGGCUGUACAAGAGAAAAGAGCAGACUACAGGUAGAAUAGUAUAAUAUAGAUUGCAAAUAAAAAGGGCAAGACAGGUUCAAGAGAGAACUCAGGCAAAAAAAAGCACAAAGUGUAGUAAUAAAAAGUAUUGUCUACACAUCUGGUAGUGAUAAAAGGAUCGCAGAAUAGGAGGGUGGCAGCAAAACAGACAUUACAAGCACAAUAUCCAAAAAUUUAGGCUAUAUUUAAACUAGAAAUAGAAGAGGGAUAAAAGAUAGAGCAAGUGUAUAAGACCAGAGUAAUUAGUGCCCACAAGAAGAGAGAGAGAUAAGUGUGCAGCAAAAGCACAAGGAAACCGAGUAGACCUUUUGAGACAGGAAAGAAUACGUUCUCAGAGAAGGGAGGAGACAGCGCACAAAGGGAGCGGUAAUGUGUGAGCACACAGCUCUACAGGACCAGAAGAUCUGUACAUAGAAGUGAAAAAGUUGCAAUAAGAAAAGAAAUCAACAUAAGAACAACACAAAAGAGCAGGUGGACUGAAGAUGGCUGGGAUUCAGACCUCCAGUGGAGAAUAUAUAGAUUCCUCGUGGGAGCUGAGAGUCUAUGUUGAGGAAUUCGGGGAGGAAGCUGACCCUGUAACACUCCGAGUAACUGGGGACACUCAUAUUGGAGGCGUCAUGUUGCAACUCGUGGAAAAAAUAGGAAUGUCCAAGGACUGGUCUGACCAUGCCUUAUGGUGGAAGCAAAAACGCCAAUGGCUGCUGAAGACUAACUGGACCUUGGACAAAUAUGGUGUCCUGGCAGAUGCUCUUCUACACUUCAUGCCACAACACAAACCGGUCAUCUUAUCUCUACCAAACCAGUGCUCCCUUAGGAUCCGGGUUUGCUUCUCCAGCACCACGUUUAGUGCUUGUGCUGAGGUCUGUAAGGCUCUGGGUAUCCGACACCCAGAGGAGCUUUCUUUCCUGAAGGCACCUGAUGAACAAGAAAAAAAAAAGAAGAAAGAGAAAGAUCCAGUGACUCAAGAAAUCUUUGACUUUACUUCCUUCCAGCAUUCAUCUGCCACUACAGGGCAGGUUUUCCUAGGGGGAAUCCCUUCACAUUUCACUGCCAGUCCUGAGGGGCAGCAGUGUUACAGAGCUCUGUCCAUCAGCCGGACUGGACUGACCCCUGAGGAUAUACAGAAAAGAUACAAACCGACUUCCAUUACUAACAAAACACCGGUGCAUGGCAGGUGGCUGAACUCCUCCAAGUCUCUCAUGCAGCAGGGAGUGCAGGAAGGAGACAGACUGUGGCUGCAAUUUAAAUAUUACACUUUCCAUGACUUAGAUCCAAAGAUGGAUGCUGUACGGAUUAACCUGCUCUUUGAGCAGGCGCGGUGGGCGGUGCUAUUAGAAGAAACUGAAUGUACAGAAGAAGAGAUGAUGACGUUUGGCGCUCUUCAGUAUCAUGUGAACAAACUGUCUGUAGUCUCUGAUCCCAUGCAUAUGGCCCAAGACCCCGCUCUCAAGGAUCUGGAUGAGGCAUUAUCACAUCUGGAAGUAAAACUGGAGGCGUCUACUCAGAGUGAGGCCCUGGAAGGGAUCGAUAUUGAACCAGAACUACAGGAGUAUCUGCGAGUGCUCAGACCACGAAAAAUGACUCUGAAGGGCUAUAAACAAAACUGGGUGAUGCUGAAGGGAACCAAUGUGUCCUGUUAUAAAAGUAAAGAGGAGUCCAGGGGAGAGCCGCUGAUCAUGCUGGCUUUGAAAGGAUGUGAAGUUACUCCAGAGGUCAAUGUUGCUUCUCAGAAGUUUUGCAUUAAGCUCCUUGUCCCAUCCCCGGAAGGGAUGAAUGAAGUUUACCUGCGAUGUGAAAAUGAGCAGCAAUAUUCCCGCUGGAUGGCUGGAUGCCGACUGGCAGCUAAAGGACGUACUAUGAGUGAUUCAUCUUACGAGGGAGAGGUGCAAAGUAUUCUGUCCUUCCUGAAUCUCCAAAAAUCCAAUCAGCAUACUUCUGCCUCUGACGCGGACUCCAUCAAUAUGCUGGCCUUGGUAUCACCACGGUAUCAGAAAAAGCUCAAACUUAAGCAGUUAUCCCCUCGUAUCCUGGAGGCCUAUCAGAAUAUUGCUCAGAUUUCUCUUGUAGAAGCCAAAAUGCGCUUUAUUUAUGACUGGCAAUCACUGCCAGACUUUGGAGUGUCAUACUUUCUUGUAAGGUUUAAAGGUGCCCGACGGGAUGAAAUACUGGGUAUUGCCAGCAAUCGUUUAAUCCGGAUUGACCUGAAUGUUGGUGAUGUGGUGAAAACCUGGAUGUAUAGCAACAUGAAGCAGUGGAACGUUAACUGGGACAUCAGACAGGUUUCCAUUGAGUUCACAGAGAAUAUAAAUGUCGCUUUCACCUGCGUUUCUGCUCCUUGCAAAGUGGUCCAUGAAUACAUAGGAGGCUACAUCUUCAUGUCUACGCGGGCUAAGGAUGGUGGAAGCAAAGGCCUCAAUGAAGAGUUGUUUCAUAAACUUACUGGUGGACAUGAAGCCCUCUAACCUUUUAUGCUCACCUGUUUCCAUGUUACUUCAGCAGACUUUAUACUUUAUAUAAUUAGUCACAUGCAGAAUUCUACAACUCAUGUUUUCCUACGCUUCGCUGUUUUCUCAUGCUUCCUUGAAACUGAAAAUCCUGGUUUUCUUCAGUGAUUAUAACCCAUCCAAUGGAUGAGAUAUACUGGGCUCUGGGGAGACAGCAGUACAAUACAUUACUGAGAACAGCAAACUACUGGGAAAGCUAAACACAGUAUAAUAGAGCCAGUGUUGCAGGGCAGAGAGGGGACACGCAGCCUGCACAAGCUCUGGGGGUAAUUCCAAGUUGAUCGCAGCAGGAACUUUGUUAGCAGUUUUGAUUUGGGUGUGGUGUGUUCAAUCUGCAAUCUAAUUUGCAGUGUAAAAAUAAAGCAGCCAGUAUUUACCCUGCACAGAAAUAAAAUAACCCACCCAAAUCUAACUCUCUCUGCACAUGUUAUAUCUGCCUCCCCUGCAGUGCACUAUGGCCCUCAUUCCGAGUUGUUCGCUCGCAAGCUGCUUUUAGCAGCUUUACACACGCUAAGCCGCCGCCUACUGGGAGUGAAUCUUAGCUUCUUAAAAUUGCGAACGAAAGAUUCUCAAAAUUGCGACCACACACCUCUUAGCAGUUUCUGAGUAGCUCCAGACUUACUCGGCAUCUGCGAUCAGUUCAGUGCUUGUCGUUCCUGGUUUGAUGUCACAAACACACCCAGCGUUCGCCCAGACACUCCUCCGUUUCUUCAGCCACUCCCGCAUUUUUCCCAGAAACGGUAGCGUUUUUUUCGCACACACCCAUAAAACGGCCUGUUUCCGCCCAGAAACACCCACUUCCUGUCAAUCACCAGAACGAAGAAAAAACCGUGAGUAAAAUUCCUAACUGCAUAGUAAAUUUACUUGGCGCAGUCGCAGUGCGGACAUUGCGCAUGCGCACUAAGCGGAAAAUCGCUGCGAUGCGAAAAAAUUUACAGAGCGAACAACUCGGAAUGACCCCCAUGGUUUGCCCAACUGCUAAAAAAAUUCCUGCAGUGAUCAGCUUGGAAUUACCCCCUCUGACUGAUGUGCUCCCUGCACAGUGUUUCUGUUUUACAUUGUGCUUCCCAUAUCCAUCAGCAUUACUGGCCACUGCUUAGGCCAGGCCUUUACAUGACAGGUAAUGGCUGCCAUGCAGAACAUAUGUGAGAUCAGACUGCUGUUACCCAAGCUGCUUACAAUACUGAUACUGUACACACAUUCCACAUAGCAUAAUGUAUACCCUACUGAGCAGUGAGGGAUGUGUAUGUAAUCUGGUGCACAGGUAAGAUGUGGUGUUUCCCAUAGCAGACGAUGUUGUAAGAUACAAUAGAAAAAUAACAGUCUCCGGAUUUCAUACAUGUCACCUGUUAGCAGGACAUUAGACCAUGUGACUGUAUAUAUGCGCAAACCAGUCUCAGUAUGAUAUGAUUUCUAUUACAAGGAAAAAGUGUGAUUGUCACAACUAUGCAAUUCUAACUAAUAAUAUAUGUAUAAACACAGCACAAGAGGUUAUCGCUAUAUGAAUGUAACUCAUGUACUAUAAACACGUACGUCACGCUU